CCGCCGUCCCCGCAUUUUGUCUCCCAUUGUCCAGCAUGGCCCAAGUUAUCGUCGUAGGCGGUGGUCUCGCCGGCCUCUCUGCUGCGCACACUUUGCUCGAGCGUGGUGCUAACGUGCUCCUGCUCGACAAGCAGCCAUUCAUGGGCGGUAACUCUACCAAGGCCACCUCUGGCAUCAACGGUUCGGGCACGCAGACGCAGCAGGAGGCCAACAUCCCGGACAACGCGAAGAUCUUCUUCGAGGACACGAAGAAGUCGGCGCGUGAACUUGCUCGGGAUGAUCUCAUCCGUGUCCUCACCGGUCGAUCGGGUGACGCUGUCAACUGGCUGCAGGACAAGUUCGGCCUCGAUUUGUCGAAGGUCGCCCGUCUCGGUGGUCACUCGCAGCCUCGUACACAUCGUGGCAAUGCCCAGUUCCCUGGUAUGGUCAUCACGUACGCGGAGAUGGAGCGUCUCGAGGAUCUGUCCGUGUCUCAGCCUGACCGUGUCAAGAUUAAGAAGAAGGCGCGCGUGACGAAGCUCAUCCGCGACGGCGUGGCCGUUGUCGGCGUGGAGUACGCCCUCAACGGCAAGACCGAGACUGCAUAUGGUCCCGUCAUCCUUGCCACAGGUGGUUACGCCGCAGACUUCACCUCGGACUCGCUGCUGAAGAAGUACCGCCCCGAGUUCUAUGAUCUCCCCACGACGAACGGCGAGCACUGCACGGGUGACGGGCACAAGCUCGCCCUCCAGGUCGGUGCAAGUGCGAUCGAUCUUGAGAAGGUCCAGGUGCACCCGACUGGUCUGGUCGACCCUAACGACCCCGAGGCGAAGGUGAAGUUCUUGGCUGCGGAGGCUCUCCGUGGUGUCGGUGGUCUGCUGCUCGAUAACGAGGGCAAGCGGUUUGUCGAUGAGCUUCAGCACCGUGACUACGUGACCGGCAAGAUGUGGGAGAACGGCAAGUACCCCAUCCGUCUUGUUCUCAACGGUCAAGCCUCCAAGGAGAUUGAGUGGCACUGCAAGCACUACGUCGGCCGUGGUCUCAUGAAGCGCUACGAGAACGGCGAGGAGCUCGCGAAGGGCAUGGGUCUCAAGCCUGAGCAGCUCAAGAAGACCUUUGAUGACUACAACGAGGUUCUCCGGACCAAGAAGGAUCCCUUCGGCAAGAAGUUCUUCUCGUCAGGCGAGUGGCGACUGGACGACUACUUCAACGUCGCCAUCAUGACGCCCGUCCUCCACUACACCAUGGGUGGUCUUGAGAUCGACGCGGACUCGCGCGUGAUUUCUUCAUCAGGCAAGCCGGUUCCGGGUCUCUUCGCCGCGGGUGAGCUCGCGGGUGGUGUGCACGGCGCGAACCGUCUCGGCGGUUCAUCACUAUUGGGCUGCGUCGUCUUCGGACGUGUCAGCGGUGACUCCGCCGCGUCAUACCUUCUCCAGCAUAUCGGUCCUCUGGCCGAGAAGGCUGCGGGCCGUUUGGGUGCUGUUUCUGGUCAUCUCGGUGGCGAGUCAAGUAGUGCGGCUGCUGCUCCUGCAGAGGCGAAGGCCGAUGCCAAGAGCUCAGGAGGCGUGAAGACCUUCACGGCCGAGGAGGUCGCGAAGCACAAGUCGAAGGACGACAUCUGGGUCAUCAUCGACAACCAGGUGCUCGACGUCACGAGCUUCCUGCCCGACCACCCCGGAGGCGAGAAGGCCAUCCUUCUGUACGCGGGCCGCGAUGCGACGGAGGAGUUCAACAUGCUCCACGACCCGAAGGUCAUCCCGAGAUACGCGGCCGACUCGGUCAUCGGCGCGCUGAAGAAGUAAACGUCGGUCGAUACCACUGUCGUUGUGUCGCGGCCCACGUCGCGCUCAAAAGCCGAUGCCGAAGCACGCGUGCUUGCUGUUGUUGCUCGAACGAUGCCGCACUUGUAUUAUAGAUUGUUGCAUUCUAACUUUGGGAUACUAUCAUUAUGUUGUUUGCCAUAAUGUGCUGGUUCCUCUGGGCCUGAGGUACUGAGUUGGUUCCCAAGUUCACGAUGAACGAGACUCGACGGUUGGACGGUGUCGGUCAACGUUCGCUUUCGCGGGUGGUACAACUUGGCUGACGGUGUUCCGAACGUGCUGCUCAUUGAUGCACGUCCUUGAAGCUUCUUGAGUGUUCUCGAUAUUCGGGUACGACGUAGCGAUGCAGCAUGGCCCUAACAUGAGUAUAUUUAGUGCGAUGGAUCGACAUUU